AUGAUCAGGAGUGAUGUUAAAAGGAGCAAGGAACGCAGUUUGGAAGAGGCGGUCCAUCUGCUGAGGAUGGUCACGCUACAGAGCCUGGAACGUGAUCACCGCCAGCUUCUCGUCAGACUUCUUCUCUCGUUGCAGUUGCAGAUGGCCCAUAUCUCCACAGCCUGCAAAAAAGUGGAUAAGAUGUUGCAGCAUCUAGCGAAGUUGGACCAUCGGCUGGUGUUUGCAGAGACCCACUUCUGUUUGAGCUCGAUAGUUAAUGCUGAGCAGAUAUUUACUCAAGAAGACCUUCAGAGAGCCUCUAUGUUCCUGGAGGAUAAUGCUGUGGGUCGCGAUGCUUGGCAGGAACUCUGUCCUUCGUUUCUGAACAAAUUAGCCAAGUACUUCCCUUUUAUACUGCAACAAGAGGACCUGCGAGAUGGGCAGUUGUGUUAUCUUGCUGUGAAGGUUUCUCUCCAGAUAUUUCAGCUGUUAUCAAGAGUAGUGUCUUCUACAGUGUGGGAUGAGAAGGAGGGGAGCCCAGCUAUGCAGAUAAUCUUGCAAACUCUCACAGGAGUAAUGUUUGGACAGAGCAACAACAGAGACACUUGUCUUUUGGCGGGGACCGCUGUGGCCAUGCUCAUCAACACGGCAUCCGAGAGCAGCGCAGGAGCAGCCGCAGCCUGGAAUCUUUUACAGAGCUCGCAUUCAGAGUCGUGCCUGCUGACUGUGGGUGCCCUCCACGUGCAGUUCUGCUCCACAACGGUGUGCGAAUUGGGUUGGCUAGCAAUGAUUAGAGGCCUCCUCACAUGCUGUGGUCCUCAUAUAUUGCUCAGUUCACAUGUGGAGGGUGCAAAGGGCAGCUUGCUUUUUGAUGUUAUGUUUCCUAUGCUUCGUGAUUUGUGUGAGGAGAAGUUGAAUUGUCACUACCUUGCCUUUGAGGUGUUCACACUAUGGCUGAAGAAAGUCAAAGAAUGUGUGUCUGAUAUCUGGAAGAUGAUGGGUGGCCGCCUUUUACCUGAGAGUUGCAGCACCCUGCAGCAACAGCUAAUUUCUAUCAUAUGGACCAGUGCUGAAAGCCCAGUGGAAGGUGUGUCCGACUGCGCUCGCAUUAGCUUUUGCUUGCUGUUGGACCUCUACGACAUGGACUGUGAGCAGUUUGGUGAUACUAAGAAGUCUCUUUAUUUGAUUCUACUGCAACGAAUCCGCAAACUCCCGUGGGAAUCCAAAGCCAAAUGUCAUCGCCUUUGUGCUCUACUUCCGUAUUUGGGAACAGACACGGUACUGGAUCAGUAUGCUGAACUACAAAAUCAUCUCUUGAAGUGCAUGUCAAAGGAUCAUCUGGCUCCAUGUGGUUCAGAGCUAUACAAGUGUCUAAUCCAGCAGCAGAGAAGGGAGCUUUGUGGUGACACACUAAAGUCGGUUUCAGAGUCGGAGCUGAGCAAUCGAUGGGCAGAAUGGUGGCUUUCUGUCCUUCUUGAGGCGCUAACCUCACAUGAAGUUAUUCUUCAACGUAACAGCUCAACACACUUACUCCCCAGCACUUUCCAAGUCUUCCCUUUUGCUGUGGAGCCAUUGCUGGCCUCCCUGGACCCCUAUUCAUCAGGCCACCUCUGCGCCUGGGCGUGCAUCAUGAGCAGCUACCGGGCUGUGACUGGGGGCUCUCCAUGGGCUCUUCAGGGGAGCUCCACCAUGAAAAUUCUUCAUUUAGCCCUGGGCUCUGCGGAUGACAGAGUCCGGCUUGCCUCUGUAAACCUGCUGUGUUGCAGUCCCAAGACCAAAGACACCCCGACACCAGAAGAACUGGGAAUAAUGAAGACCUUCAUUACUCAGAACUUAAACUCCGAGUCUUCACUUUUUCGACAACAUUUUCAAACAGCAGUGAGAAGAUUUUUGGUUCGGAUCAGAGAUGGCUGCUUGGCACGCAUCAGACAAAAGGAUAAGGGGGACGCCAGCCAGAUGCAAAGCGCUGAGAAAAUGCUGGACCUUGGUAUAGAUUUUGUAGACUGGUUGAGUCAGAUGGUUUGCUGCAAUCUGACUCCAGAUCACAGUUACCAGAGGAAGAAGACUGUUUUAUUGUUGCUCUCUGCAUUGCUAGAGACUUGCACAGACACGUGGAGCCCUGACAAGAGAAAAGGACAACCACCUGUGAACAUGGGAUCUCUUGUUAACUAUGCCAGGGUGAGAGGACAGUGGGACUUCUUCUCCAAAGAAAAAUUGCUGGUUCUCAUCUGCUGUUUAGAAGAUUCAACAAACGAGAUUCGGGAACUUUCAGCAGGACUGUUGGUGAGAUUUUUCCCUCCCAUGCUACCUGUCGAUGUUGCUGAGGCUCUGCUUAUUCGGACGAAGCAGCUACUGCGCAGUCCUCGGGUCCAGCAGGCCCAGAUGGCAGCUCUAAUGAUGAAGGUUCUUCAUCACAAACUGCAAGGCCUUCCUGAUAGCAGAGCAAAUAGUGACAUCAGUGUCAGUGGCGUUCAUGAUAAAAAGGCUUCCAGCUUUAUAAAUUUCCUUGUGAAGGAGCUUGAGUGUCACUACCUCACAGCCAAGACCGAUGUGAUGCUCGCUGCCAGAACUAAGCCAAUGCAUGGUGUUCUGAGUGCCUUACAGAAAUGUUUGCUAGAAGACACAUGGAACAUCUUUGAUUCACUUGCUCCUGCACUGACCAUUGACUUACUGAGCCUUCUGAAGAACAUCUCACUGUUGCUGCUUGGUGUUUUGCACGGACACCAGGAUACAGAAAGUGAUGCUCCCCCUUCUUUUUGUGAUAUGGGGAAUGCCAUCAGCUCUCUGAUAGCGCACUCAUCUGAAGGAAAUCUAGAAGAUGGAGAAGACGAGUGUGUCUUGUUGUCUCAAGAGCACAGCCUUGUUCUCACUUGCUGCUGGGUGUCACUCAAGGAAACCGGGAUCCUUUUAGGUUCUCUUGUGGAGCGAAUUCUAGCUGAAUCCAAGCCUGACAUGUGCUUUCUGAUGAAACAACAUCUAGAAAUGGCGGCAGAUAUUUUUCGAAAUAUUCUUCUGAAAUGCCGUCACUGGGGAGCAGUAGAAGGAUGUUGUAUGGGCUUCACCAAGUUCUGUUCAGCUCUACUCAGCAACCAUGAUCCCGGAAUUAGGAACAUUCCAUUUCGCAUGCUCCAGCAGGCUCUACUAGUUGUGACUUCUCCUAGUUGUACCUCAGUAACACGGCGGGCUGCGGGAUUGCCUAUGCUCAUCCUGUGUGUCUUGUCUGCAGAGGAGGCCAGUAAAGCACGGCCACUCUUAGCACAUAGCAUGCAAAUUUUACUGGACACUGCGAGAAUCCCUCUAGCUGAGAACUGGGACCAGACCCGGGACCUCCCUCAGGUGUGUGCAGUUCACACUCUGCAGGCUCUAGUGCGUGGAUCCGGCCUAGGUGUUGCCAUCCUUAAGUUUGCACCCACUGUCACCAUUUUGGCACUCACUCUGCUCAGUUCUCCCUGCUGGGCGAUGAGGAAUGCAGCCUUGCAGCUUUAUAGUUCUCUUUGCUCACGGAUGCUCGGUCAGAGGCCUAGCAGUGUGGGUGGGACUAAACAUGGCAUGUCCCCCAUUGCUUUCUUCCACCACUACUCCAAGCUCCAACCUUUCCUACUUACGGAGCUCCGAGAGGCAGCUUGUGACCUCCAGUGUCCACCUCAUGAAGCCAGACUCCCCCUUCACCCCUCACUAUACCCCAUUCUUACUCUUUUAUCACAACUGCAGCCCGGCAUCCAGGACUCAACAGACACUUUGGCAGAUUUCCUGUCUCCUUUACUCCAGCUCUCUGCCAGUCCUAUUUACUGCGUGAGAGUGAUGUCCUCCAAGGCUUUAGUCGCCAUGACUCCCCCUUCAGAGUACAUGAACAUCCUUAUCAAUUUGACGGCCGGGUUGCCCCGCACACCUCAGAGCUGCUGCCACAACGGGCUCCACGGGCAACUGCUGCACAUAAACGCUCUCCUGGACAGAGCUCUCGGCAAAGACUGUGGGCCUCCAGUAGAGCUUGAUUCCAUAGUGUGUGCUGUGGAGGCAUCAGUUUGGCUUUCCACAGAUGCUCAACGCUGCCCGCUGGUGAGGGCGGCAUAUGUUGCUGUGGUGGAUUCACUAAGGGGAUUUUGUUGCGAGACUUUUCUGUCAAAGCUCUUUGACAUUCUUAAAUGUGAGCUUCACAAGCCCCAACAUGGGCUUCAGGUUGGCUUGUCUUCCUUCCAUCAACAAGCCAUCCAGUUUGUCUGUGGCGAGCACAAGUGGGCGUCUGACAUCUUGGAAACUUUUAACGCUGCCAGCUAUGAUCUGAGGCUGACAUUGGUCACAUGGGUGGUGGAGAACCAUGCUUCACUGAACAAACACCUGGAAGAAUUAAUCCAGGGUAUGCUACAGUGUAGUCUGAGGAAGGCUCUGUUGAGCCCCAUUAAGGAGUACCGUAGGGCCCACCUUGCAGCCUUGAUAGAAGUGAUGGCCAGAGGAGAUUCUCUUGCUGCACCCUUCCCACUUGAGGAGUCUGCUCUGCGAGAUUGUCUGGAUUUAUUAUUGAAGGACCUAGAAAAUAAAAGGGGCGGGUCAGAGUUCUUGUCCCAGGCUCUUCAUGGUGCAAGCCUCCUGCUUCCCCAAUGGUUGCUGAGGACAUGCUUGGACUUGCUGCAGGACCAAAGCCAAUUGGUGAGGACCAAAGCAGCCAGCUUUAUCUCGAUGCUUCAUCACGCCAGAGGAAGAGCACAGAGGAGUGUCUACCUCACGCAGGUCAACCUGGCUGUACCGCUCUUGCUGGAUUUGUUACUGGAGGAGUGUUGGGACACACCGAAAACUUUGGAAGUCCUCCUGUGUCAUGUGCCCCACUCUGACCUCAGAUCUGUGCUGAGAGAAGUCAUGGACAGCGGGUGCGGAAGCCUCUAUGAGCAAGACGAUGCGAAUGUGUUUGCUGAGCCAUCCGUGAUGUGUUUACAUGUUUUGCCUUACCUGCUGCUCAUGGCUGAAAAGUCCGCGGAAUCUUCAGUGAUGGCACAGAGCCUCAGUACGUGGGCGGAAGAGAAUGUAACUCUGUUGCUGGACAACCUUACACUCUGUAAAGACCUUCAACCAGCUAAGAAGCUGACGCUCCUCACAGAUCCCCAGUUUCACAGCACCAUUUGCGGCCUGCUAACAAGAGCUACUUUCCUUCUCCACUUGUGCAAAACUUGUGAGCAUGUGCAACACCUUUGUGAUCCUUCAGCCCUACAGACAUGA